AUGGCCACCGAAGCACCGGUAGAGGCGACGGAGAUUCCGCCGGUCGCGGCGGCGGAGUCGGUGGAGAAGCAGCCGCAUAAGCUAGAGAGGAAGUGGACGUUCUGGUUCGAUAACCAGUCUAAACCGAAACAAGGCGCCGCUUGGGGAAGUUCUCUUCGAAAAGCUUAUACUUUUGAAACUGUUGAGGAAUUCUGGAGUUUAUAUGAUCAGAUAUUCAAGCCCAGCAAGUUGACUGUUAAUGCGGAUUUUCAUUUGUUCAAAACUGGGAUUGAGCCCAAAUGGGAAGAUCCUGAGUGUGCCAAUGGUGGCAAGUGGACUGCUACGAGCAGCCGAAAGGCUAAUCUCGAGACUAUGUGGCUUGAAACAUUGAUGGCAUUGGUCGGCGAGCAAUUUGAUGAGUCAGAAGAUAUAUGUGGAGUGGUUGCUAGUGUGCGUAGGAGUCAGGAUAAACUUUCCUUGUGGACCAAGACUGCCACCAAUGAAGCAGCUCAGAUGGGCAUUGGUAGGAAGUGGAAGGAGAUCAUUGAUACCGAAAAGAUAUCCUAUAGUUUCCAUGAUGAUUCUAAAAGGGAGAGGUCAGCUAAGAGCCGAUAUACUGUGUGA